AUGCCAACGGUGACCUACGUUCGUGGUACAACCAUGUCCAGCUACAAUGGGCAAACCACGUCCAAAACGCGCACCAAAGUCAAGCCCAUACUGCGCAAGCUGACGCAAAGCGAGAAGGACUCCUUGGAUCUCGACCGGCCUGCUGCAGAGCAAGAUGGUUAUGGCUAUGGAGGGGGCAUUGGUGGAGUUGGAGUUGGUGGCGUCUAUGAAUAUGGGCAGGCCUCCCGCUCAUCGCACGAUGUUGUUUUCAACCACACAGCAGGAGGACGAAGGGCAUAUCAUAACCGUUCCACUUCUGGCACGUCGCAAUUCUCUACCGCAACAACAGGCAGCGGUCAGCGUGCCGGAUCGUUUGUGCAUCCUUUCCAGCAGACGCCGCGUCCCUACACGCCACCCCUCGCUGCCUCCUAUCAGAAUUCACUGCGCGAGGGCGAGCCUCCUCACAGCCCACAAUUGAAUGAGGAUGACGAUCCACGACAGUACACACUCCGCCGAGCCUCAGAUCGGUCUACCCAUUUAGCAGGAUCGGCGUCUCCAACAACCCUACCAACGUUGCGGAUACAAACUAAGCCCUCUACCUCACGUCUGGCUUUAGCUACAUCCCACGCCAGUCUACACGAUUCCAACCCAGACAUCAUCUCCCCCGUUGAUACUAUGUCACCAUCAUCCCUGCGACAAUCAAUGGACACGGGGUUUCGAAUACGCAGCAGGAGCGAGGUUGAGACCCGCGGCAGAUCAGAGUCGAUACAAGAGGCUCGCCGGAAGUUCGAGGCCAGGGAACAGGCCAAGGAGGAGAAGGCGGCGCGAGAGGAGAUAAAGCAAUUGGAGAAGAAGAAUCAGAGGGAGGCGCGACAGCUGGAAAGAAGUCACCGUAGAUCGUCUGCCAGUGAGCUUGGCACGCGAGCAAAACGAUCAAAAUCCGAUCUUACGAAGAAUAACGAAAAGACUGCGGGGUUAUUUGCGCAGGACUACAAUAACGUUCCUAGUCAGAACGCGCCAUUCUUUGCGGAGGGUGAAGGCCCAGGUAUUCCGCCGUCGAGGGGGCAGAAGAAGGAGAGCCCUAAGCAUAAGACACACAGUGCGUGGACCAAAUUUAUGAUGUGGUUGCGGACACGGCUCUUACGGAUGAAGCGAUGA